ACCACCGUCAGCGACUUGCACCCAUCAAGGCGCCGAGAUUGGGCGAAUAGCAAGCAAAUACGUCCGCGUUUCUCUGCCUGCUCCCCCACCGACCUCCUCCCCUCAAUCCCCGGCGCUGACGGGAGAAAAGGCCGAGGUUGUUUUAGAACAGGCCCAGCCGACCAGGUUUGACCUGUCUAUUCCACCUCCGCACCCUCAAACACCUCACCAACAACCCAGUAACCGGCUCCCGCGGAACCAGCAACAGACAAGUUCGAGGGGAACAAAGACAACAGGCAUCAUCUCUUCACAACAGUUGCCAACAUGAACCACCACCACACUCAACAACAGCAGCAGCAGAAAGCCGGCGAGCAACAACUUAGCGAGCCCGAGGAUAUGGAGAUGGAAGCUGGGGACACAGACGAUCCCCCGAGAAUCCCAGCCAACCCGGUGAUUAACGGGAACGUUGCCAUGGCAGACGGACACAACACAGAGGAGGACAUGGAGGAUGAUACCAGCUGGCGUUCGGAGGCGACGUGUCGUUUUGUGGUGGAGAGGUUCAGCCGGCUGAGUGAGUCUGUUCUCAGCCCGUCCUGCUUCGUCAGGAACCUGCCCUGGAAGAUCAUGGUGAUGCCUCGCUUCUACCCAGACCGGCCGCACCAGAAGAGUGUUGGCUUCUUCCUGCAGUGCAACGCAGACUCCGACUCCACGUCCUGGUCGUGCCAUGCUCAGGCCAUGCUGAAGAUCAUCAACUAUAAGGACGACGAGAAGUCGUUCAGCCGCAGAAUCAGCCACCUCUUCUUCCACAAGGAGAACGACUGGGGCUUCUCUAACUUCAUGUCCUGGAGCGAUGUGACUGAUCCAGAGAGAGGCUUUGUGGAGGAUGAUCAAGUCUCCUUUGAAGUCUACGUGCAGGCAGACGCUCCUCACGGAGUGGCGUGGGACUCCAAGAAACACACCGGCUACGUGGGUCUGAAGAACCAGGGAGCGACAUGUUAUAUGAACAGCCUCCUACAGACCCUGUUCUUCACCAACCAGCUGCGGAGGGCGGUGUACAUGAUGCCUACAGAGGGAGACGACUCGUCUAAGAGCGUUCCGCUGGCUCUACAGAGGGUUUUCUAUGAGCUGCAACACAGCGACAAGCCCGUCGGCACCAAGAAACUCACCAAGUCCUUUGGGUGGGAGACAUUAGACAGCUUCAUGCAACACGACGUUCAGGAGCUCUGCAGAGUGCUCCUGGACAACGUUGAGAACAAAAUGAAAGGCACAUGCGUGGAGGGAACCAUCCCCAAACUGUUCAGAGGAAAGAUGGUGUCCUAUAUCCAGUGUAAGCACGUUGACUACCGGUCAGAGCGGAUAGAGGAUUACUACGACAUCCAGCUCAGUAUCAAAGGAAAGAAAAACAUCUUUGAGUCCUUUAAGGACUAUGUCGCCGUGGAGCAGCUUGACGGAGACAACAAAUACGACGCAGGAGAACACGGCCUACAGGAAGCGGAGAAGGGUGUGAAGUUCCUGACUUUCCCUCCCAUACUGCACCUGCAGCUGAUGAGGUUCAUGUACGACCCUCAGACCGACCAAAACAUCAAGAUCAACGACAGGUUUGAGUUUCCAGAGCAGCUUCCCCUGGAUGAGUUUCUCCAGAAGACUGACUCUAAAGACCCGGCCAACUACAUCCUGCAUGCCGUGCUGGUCCACAGUGGAGACAACCACGGAGGACACUAUGUCGUCUACCUCAACCCCAAAGGAGACGGAAAAGUCAGCGUCAAGGAGCCCAUCUGGUGUAAGUUUGAUGAUGACGUGGUGUCACGGUGCACCAAGGAGGAAGCCAUUGAACACAACUACGGUGGCCAUGACGACGACCUGUCAGUACGUCACUGCACCAACGCUUACAUGCUGGUGUACAUCCGCGAGUCCAAACUCAGUGAGGUGCUGCUGGCUGUAAACGAUGUGGACAUCCCCCAGCAGCUGGUGGAGAGGCUUCAGGAGGAGAAGAGGGUUGAGGCUCAGAAGAGGAAGGAGCGGCAGGAGGCCCAUCUCUACAUGCAGGUCCAGAUUGUGACAGAGGACCAGUUCUGUGGUCACCAGGGUAAUGACAUGUAUGAUGAGGAGAAGGUGAAGUACACUGUGUUCAAGGUCCUGAAGAGCUCCACGCUGCAGGAGUUUGUCCAGAAUCUCUCCCAGACCAUGGGAUUCCCACAGGACCAGAUGAGGCUGUGGCCCAUGCAGGCCCGGAGCAACGGCACCAAGAGACCUGCCAUGCUGGACUACGAGGCAGACUGCAGCAAGUCUAUGAUAGACUUGAGCGACAACGAGAAUCCCUGGACUAUAUUUUUGGAGACGGUGGAUCCUGAGAUGGCUGCCAGCGGAGCGACGUUACCCAAGUUCGACAAAGACCACGACGUCAUGCUGUUCUUGAAGAUGUACGAUCCAAAAAGCAGAAGCUUAAAUUAUUGCGGACAUAUCUACACCGCUAUAUCCUGUAAAAUACGAGACCUGCUGCCCGUCAUGUGUGAGAGAGCAGGCUUUCAACAGGAGACCAGCCUUAUCCUCUAUGAGGAAGUGAAGCCUAAUUUAACAGAGCGGAUACAGGACUACGACGUGUCAUUGGACAAGGCCCUGGAUGAGCUCAUGGACGGAGACAUCAUCGUCUUCCAGAAAGACGACCCAGAGAACGACAGCAGUGAGCUGCCCACAGCCAAGGACUACUUCCGGGACCUCUACCACCGAGUGGACGUUAUCUUCUGUGACAAGACCAUCCACAACGACCCCGGCUUUGUCGUCACACUCUCCAACAGGAUGAACUACUUCCAGGUGGCGAAGACGGUGGCUCAGAGGUUGAACACAGAUCCCAUGCUGCUCCAGUUCUUCAAGUCCCAGGGGUACAGAGACGGACCUGGGAAUCCUCUCAGACACAACUAUGAAGGAACCCUCCGAGAUUUGCUGCAGUUCUUCAAACCACGUCAACCCAAGAAACUCUACUACCAACAGUUGAAGAUGAAGAUCACAGACUUUGAGAACAGGAGGAGCUUUAAGUCCAUAUGGCUCAACAGCCAGUACAGAGAAGAGGAGAUCACUCUCUACCCAGAUAAACACGGCUGUGUCAGGGACCUGCUGGAGGAAUGUAAAAAAGCUGUGGAGCUCUCAGACAAAGGCUCAGAGAAGCUCCGACUGUUGGAGAUAGUAAGCUAUAAGAUCAUCGGGGUUCACCAGGAGGACGAGCUGUUAGAAUGUUUAUCUCCCGCCGCCAGCCGUACCUUCAGAAUAGAGGAACUUCCUCUGGACCAGGUAGACCUGGAUAAGGACACUGAGAUGUUGAUUCCCGUCGCACAUUUCCACAAGGAGGUCUUUGGAACGUUUGGAAUCCCUUUCCUGUUGAAGAUCAGACAGGGUGAGCCGUUCAGAGAUGUGAUGAGGAGGAUUCAGAGCAUGCUGGAAAUCCAGGAGAAAGAGUUUGAGAAGUUCAAGUUUGCGAUCGUGAUGAUGGGCCGGCAUCAGCACAUCACUGAGGAUGAGUACGAGGUCAACCUGAAAGACUUCCAGCCACAGCCAGGUAACAUGUCCCACCCUCGACCCUGGUUAGGCCUGGACCACUUCAACAAAGCCCCGAAGAGAGGUCGCUAUACCUACCUGGAGAAAGCUAUCAAGAUCCACAACUGAGCAACCCUCCUCUCCCCUCUUCCUCCUCCCUCUUCCUCCUCCCUCUUCCUCCUCCCUCUUCCUCAACCCUCUUCCUCUUUUCUACCUCCUCUCUCUCUUCCUCCUCUCUCCUCUUCCUCAUCCCUCUUCCUCCUCUCUUCUUUCUCCUCUUCCUCCUCUCUUCUCUCUCCUCUCCCUCCUCUCUCCUCUCCCUCCUCUCUCCUCUCCCUCCUCUCUCCUCUUCCUCCUCUCUCCUCUUCCUCCUCUCUCCUCUUCCUCCUCUCUCCUCUUCCUCCUCUCUCCUCUUCCUCCUCUCUCCUCUUCCUCCUCUCUCUCUCCUUUCUCCUUAACCCACCAUAACCACAGCCUGUAACCAACCAAGUGUCUGUGCCCCACCUCUAACACCUUCCACAGACAGACACCGUGAUGUCUCCUGUCACACGGAUCCAUCCAUCCAUUAGCAGGCUGCUGAUGAUGAUGAUGAAUACUAUACCACCCCUUCCACCCAAACCCCCUCUCCCCCUUCCUCCCCCCACCACCGCCCUUCUACUGUUUUUGAGGCUGUUAGGUUUUUGGCUUCUCUAAACUCCGACUGCCUAUUUUUGUCUGGAUGAAAGAAAUUAAAUUGGAGAAAGGACAGGAAGAUGAACUUGACUUUUUCCUGGUUUAUUUUGUUUUUAAUAAUAAGAGUUGUUUGAAAACGUCAAGAGCGCUGCUGCGUAUAGUGGUGGUGGUGGGGGGGGGGGCAGAGAAAAGAGAUAGGCGACAUCAUUAGCAGAAACCAAGAAGGAUGAUCUGGUCUUUUAAAGAAGAGAACCAGUUGCAGAAGGGUUGAAGCUUGAGACUAGUAUUUCUGAUGUGAUCCUCUUCAUAUCCCCCCCCUUCUCCUUUAGUCAACUAGUCAGUGUUUCCAUCUUUAAAAAAAAAAAAAAAAAUCAGUUUUUGUCUUUUUUUCUGCAAUAUCUUCUUGUAUAAUAAAUUUAAAACCCACAGCAUCUGUUUAAAAUAAAUGUAAAAAGAGAAGAAGUGGUCUGUACUUUCAUCGUGCACGUUGACGCUCCAUAUCAAAGCCGUUUCUCACGACUGGUAAACGGCAACUUUGGUCCUACUUAUGAUUUUAAUGUUGCCCUUCCUCUCCUCUUUUCCUGCCCUGUUAUGUUCCCUCCAUCCCUGAGGGUUUGUGAUGGGCUGUACCUCUAGUGUUGGGGGUGUUUGACUGAGGGUUUGUGUUGGGGGAGUUUGACUGAGGGUUUGUGUUGGGGGAGUUUGACUGAGGGUUUGUGAUGGGCUGUACCUCCUCUAGUGUUUGGGGAGUUUGACUGAGGGUUUGUGUUGGGGGAGUUUAACUGAGGGUUUGAGAUGGGCUGUACCACCUCUGGUGUUGGGGGUGUUUGACUGAGUAGCGCUGCUUUAGUAGGAAGCUUCGGCCGUUAGUGAGCCCUCUGGUUUCACCAUAUAUACACAGAACCAGUGUUACUAUAAUUAUUAUUAGAACAACAAACACACUGACCUUUUUUCUUAAGCACAGAUGGAAUGCCCUCCCUCCUCCCUAAAAGCCCAUCAUAGUUGGCUUUGUGAAGAGAUUUGAAAUUGUGUGUAUAUAUUUAAAAAAAAUAAAAACACAAAAAAAAACAUGUGAAAUGAGAAACACAGAACGAUGUUAUUGGUUGGCUACAAACUGAGAAGAUUCAGGUGUUCAUAUUUCUUGUGUAUUUUUUUUUUUUUUUAGGGGUUCCUUGAUUCUUUAGAUUCUUGUUUUGGUUCUGUUUUAGGGGGUUCCUUGAUUCUUUAGAUUCUUGUUUUGGUUCUGUUUUCUCCUGUUUUGUUUUAACUAACGGCACCCGUUGGUUCUGAUAGUGAUGUUAAGGGUUAAGAUAACGAGCUGCGCUACUGACCGGUGGGAUUAGGGUUCAGAAAUUAUAACUUUUCCCCCCCAAAAAACUCAGGUUUUCCACACAUCCCAGUUGGAGGAUUCCAGACUACCUGCGUAUACUCCUCUGAUUCAGAGGAAUCAUCCAACAGGGAUUUCUGGAAAACCCAGGGAAUUCUGGGAAAAAAAGUUACUGGAGUUUUGUCACCCUAGAUGAUGAGAUCAGGGCCCGUUAUCCACAAAGAGUCUUUGAUUUAGGAGUGCUGAUCUAGGAUCUGUCCGUACAAGCUUAUUCCUUUACGAUCUAAAAAGGCCAAACUGCUGCUAGACCAGCUCUACUAUCCCGAGACUCUUGGCGGAUACGGGCCCAGAUCAACGCCCUUGUUCCUCCUUGAUUGGGUGUGUUUCCAGUUGAAGCUCGUCCCUGUAGCAGCAGUGUACCACAACUACUCCUGUAUAUUGCCUUUUUUUUUUUGUUUUUUUUUUGCUGGAAAAUGUAUGUUGAAUAAAAUUUUCUAUAAAAACAUG